GUAUAAAACUGCUAUCGAUGAUCGUUAAACGUAUCAGUCGUGUUUGAUAGAGCUUCACAGUACACAAGAGCACACACACGAGAUUUACUAAUAAUCGAAAAUGGCAUACAAGAUGUUCUCCACCGGUCUGGUGCUCGCAUUCGCCAGCAUGUGCUUGUGCCAACAACAAUCGACUUCCAGCUCAACUUCGCAAUACCAGCCAACCGCUGUGUCUCCGGCGUCGUUCCAGACGGGAUCGGCGGCUGCCCAACAGCCACAGACAAAAUUGGAAGACAUCGAACGCGACAAUCUGGUAGCCGCUUUCGGACAGAAAACACAACAGCCAUCCAAUAAACCGUUGUCUGUGGUCUCUUCGGGCUCUCAACCACAACAACCACAACAACCAUCGCAGUCUUACCAAGCGAUCCCGCAACAGCAAUACUACAUGCAGUCUUAUCAAGGAGUACCACAGCAGUUCUACGUGCAACCGUACCAGACCCAACAACAGUACUUGGCCCAACCUUACCAGAUGGCUUUUGACUACGCCGGUGUACAGUACUCCAUCGUCAACCCCAGCUCGUACCCCGGUAACCAGAUUUACCAACAAUACUAUGUGCCAGCUGCCCAACCGUCGGCUGUUCCUGAAUACGUGACCAAAUUAUCUUUCCCGGCCACCGCUCCUGCUCAAGCUCAACAAGAAUACAAACAACAACAACAACAACAACAACUGUCCACCCCUACACAAGCUCAACAAGUAUAUAAACAACAACAAUUCGCCGCCACUCCCGCUCAAGCUCAACAAGAAUACAAACAACAACAAUUCACCGCCCCCGCUCAAGUGCAACAAGAAUACAAACAACAACAGUUAACCACCCCUGUUCAAGCCCAACAAGAAUACAAGCAACAACAGUUCAACACCCUGACUCAAGCUCAACAACAAUACAAACAACUGCAACAACAAUACGUCGUGCCGUCCCCCGCAUACCAAUACGUCCAACAGCCAGCCGCCCCACCUAGCAACGGUCCUGCCGAUUACUCCUACGUCACCCGUCAUCCGGCCACCACCGCUGUCCAGUUCAAAGCCCCGGCAGCCGCCGUCCAACCCCAAUACCAGUACAACGUAUUGCCGCAACAGUACCAACAACAACCCCAAUACUACUACACUGUGGCCGCAACCGAACAGCCGCGAGUCCAACAGUCAGCUAAGAGCCAAUUCUCGUCCGGAGUGAAGUCCACCACUCCCACUCCUUUUAAGGAACCAUUCGCGUACAAGUUCGAAUCAUCGCCGCAACAACAACCCGGUGCCGCUUACAGCACGCUCAAAUACUCCGCUUAGAUGGCGCAAGUGCAUUUUCGUUGAGGAAUCGUGAAAGGUGCAUCAUUAUGUAAUAUUAUUGUACAUAGUGCAGUCGAUUGUAUUUACACACACUGCGCCUAAUAUUCGUUGUACGAUUAUUGGAUAUCACUAUUAUUAUUAUUAUAACUAUUAUUAUUAUUAUUAAUUAAGUACUACUAGUGCAUUGCAGCACAAAUAUUUUGUAAAAUAUUUAUUUCCCCGACGAUUUUCAUAUAUUACGGCUGCAGGUCGUAACUGACUUAGCGCUGUAAUAUAUAUGUGUCCCUAAGAAAAAAAAUGCAAUUAUUUGUUAUUAUUUUGGUUUAAGAAUAAAUGUGAAAACACUUAAGUUUGUAGACCAUUAAAAAUACUUGUUUUUGA